GGCAGCCGCCCGAUGCUCCACGGCAGUUUCCAUGCCUGGGCCCACAAGGUGGCCUCCAGGAAGAGCGAAGCCAAGCGCUGCGAGGAGGAGACGCGUUUCAGCUACUUGCAAGCCAUCUUCCGUGCCUGGGCCACGCUGGCUGCGGCGGGACACCAGUCGAAGGAGUUGGAGCAGGAGAAGGAAAGGCUUCGACAGGAGCAGGAGCAGCUGAAAAAGGAGAUCGAGGAGCAGAGGCUGCGUCAGUCCAAGAUUCGGCAGAGCAUGCUCGGAUUCGCAGAGAACCAGGCAAACCAGUACGUCAUCCUGGGCAUGAUUUGGUCUUCCUGGAAAGAGCUUCUUCUCGAGAAGAGGCUACUGGCCGAGCACAAUGCCGAGCGCCAGCAGUGGGAGCGUGAGUUCGAG